CCCAGGCAUAUAGAACUCGGCGCAGUUUUGUUCUAAAAAUAAACAUUUUUCUUUCAAACCUGGUCCCAGCUGCACUUUGGUGUUAGAGGUUUCUUUUUAUGUUGGUGAAGUAUCUUUAGCUAGGAAAAUUCAUAAUUUGGAAGCCCAAUCGCCCAGCUGUUUAGAAGCGUGUGCUCGCCAAUCCCGUCCGGCUGGCCCACGGACGGUACAGGAAAGAAAGGCCUUCGCUACACCAUCGGUGAUGUGGAGCUUAGCCCCUCGAUCCGACAAAGCGCAUCGAUGUCCGCCAGCCACCACCGGAUGAUUAUGUAUCCCUAGUGUACGCAGAGGGAACCAGCGCACCAUUCGCCGCCCCUUCCCGGGUGGGGAGCCUAGCAACGGAGUGAACACGCAGGAAUAACAAUGGGAAAUCCAAGCUUAACUUACGAGAUUUUACUAUAUCUCAACUCGUUCUAUUUCGGAAUGUUCGCUACCUGCGAGCUGGGAAUGCUCACGCUGAAGGCAGUCAAUUUAAAGUAUCCGGAUCACAUUCUGCUUCGUGAGGCGUGCAUUCUAGUGGCGCUGUGUUUGGUAGAAACGAUCCGAAUCAUUCUCGGCAGGCGGGGCAGUCUUAGCGAUCACGGCUGGCAAGUAAUUUUGUCCGUAUUUCUCACUAUUCCCUGUGGAAUGGGCGUAGGAUAUCUUCUUUUUUACCAGCUGCACCGGCUACGCCUGGAGUACAUCCUAUGUGCCUUAAUGUUAUCACUACAGGCAGCAGAACUGUUCUUCGCAAUACUGUUCGUAUUCACGCUCUGUCGACCGCCUUCCUACGAUUAAUCGCUCUGUAGACUACUACUGCACGGCCGCAACUGGUGCAGUCACGCAUAUUUUCGGCAGUGGGAUAAUUCCUAACGACUUACCGUUCCUGGCCGUGUCCACGAUACUGCCGCGGUGCGCAUCCGAAUUGUGGCACAGAUAUCGCAGUCGUCGUUGCGAAACCAAUAUGUGCCCGUUCGGAUCGGAUAGAACCACCGCCAAAUUCACCAACAUGAUCAUCAUCACCAUCAUCGUCAUCAUCUUGCUCAAAUGGCCAAACCAACACGAUAACAACAACAACAAAACAAAAACUGUGCCAUCGUAAGGCUGGUAGUUACUAGGUGCCACGUAGUUUAUCGUAAAGAGACAGAGCGACCAUUUGUAUGCUGGCAACAUCAUGCGACAAUACUGGUCGCGUGAAAUACACACCGUAUCAUGGACAUGGGCGUUAGAAUAGGCAGAGCAAAGCAAACGUAGUCGGCUUUCGAAAAGGGGUCGAACUGCAGUAGGGUAGACAGGAUGCUUAAUUGCGCACAGCGCGCCCCGUGCUGUGGCUAGCGAGAACUUUUUUUCAGUUUAAUGACUUAUACUGGCACCGCCUUUUCUAAAGAUGCGCACUAUCAUAGAAUUCACCCGAUAGGCUUUCCUAAACCUAAGUGCACAAAAGUGAGUCUUUUCAUUCAAUACCAAAGAGCUUGAUUUCUAGUCUAGAAGUAUAACUACAUUAAAGCAACAUUUUCGAUCUGCGAAAGAUACCCGUUGCCGGAACGUGGUACUUUCUUUUACCUACUCAAAUACUGCAUGUUUGUAAUAUACCCUACACUUUUUUCUAUCGUACGCUGCAGAGUUGCACCUUUACCUUGACGGUUGCAUUCUCUUAAAAAAAACUAUAAAAAUCAAAACUACUACUAGCAAUAGCAACAAAAUGGGCAGCGACAAAAUAAGCGGGUUUCAGAAAAUCUUAGAAACUAGACAUUGUUGAUACAUGCAUGUGGUAAUGCGACAAUUCUUAGAUAAAUUUGGAAUAUAAAAUUUGUAUCUGCUCAUCUGUGUCAAAUAUCAGGUACCAGUGGGUACAUGCGCAAAAGAGGAAGGACAAUUAAAAGCAAAUACUUCAAUAUUUCAUCAAUCUUGUAAUAAUACAGCGUCAUAAAAUUUUGAAACAUGUUUACUUAAGUGUAGUGAACCGGAAGGUUUGAAAAAAAAAACACGCAUAUAUCAAUCCACUCAAUAACUGACCAGUAAUAAACAUACGUGCACGUUUGAACAUUGCGUGAUUGUGACGAAGAAUAUCGCUCCCGUUCCGACCGUGUAAAAUUGCACACAAGCGUGUGUGGUGUGUCCUGUUUUAGGAUUUUGUUGGCAAUAGUAUACAUCGUAUGGUUGAUAUUAGCAGAAUCCAAGCCCAAUGUAUCUAGACAAGGUAAACCGUUUCAAAUACAACACCUCGACAAAUAA